GCGCUCUGGUAUCCCGUAGCACUUCUGGCCUCGAAAUCGCGGCCUUCUAGAAAGGGUUUGAUCUGUUGAUUUGGAGGCUCCAGUAUUGGGAGCGUUUAGAUGUUACAGCGAUGUUGCAUCAGUAGUGUUAAUAUAUAAAUAUGGUUGCGUAAUUGGGGGAGAAUCGCUCAGCUGUGAACUGUCGUGUGAAUGUUUCAGUUGGGUAUAUGGGAGGGGCGGGGGGAGGUUUUGGAGCAGGAAUCUGUUGUGCUAAGGGGUGGGUAUUGUAAAUAUUUCAGCUCACUCGUGUAAGCUGCUUGAGUGAGCUCUGUAGAGUUUAACCGGCCUAGUACUGUAAUAAAGAGUACUAAGGUUGAUUUUUUAAUAGUCUCUGGAAGCGUGGUGUUGGGGGGGGGGAGGGUUCUGUCUUUUUAAGAAAAAAUCAAAUGUAUGUUGUUUUAAAAUUGUUGCAUGUUCAAUUCAAACUUUUUAACAAGUCCUUGAUGUUUCAAUUUAAAAGUGACCAGUGGGGCUGAGGCUGUGUCCACUGAGGCUAAGAUGACUGCCUUUCCUGGCCAUGGCUUUUCCAUACAUUGUGUGACCCUUGCCCUAUGACCCUUUGGCUGACCUUACCGGAAGCCAUGACGACAGCAGCCUUUUGCCAUUAGACGCAGGGUGAUGGUGAGGAUUCCAAGGGUUAGACAAAACUGGUUAAACUGAACUAGGUGACUGUUACCUUGCGUGUUUUGUGGCCAAACCACCACCAAAAACCUCAUACUGUGAUGUAAGUACUUAGUGUAACUAGUAAACGUUUUUGUAAAAUGUAGAAAUGCAUGUAAUCAGUUAAGUUUUAUAUUUUACAAUGUUCUGUAAAAUAAAACUUAGCAAGGUGAAUCUAAUAAGGAGCAGUCACUCUCUAACAGAUCUUAGGAGCACAGACUUGUAGGAUUUUAGUCUGUUUGAUUUGCCAUUAAUGUAGAUUAUGGCAAAAUUGCAAAGUUUGUUGGAGGCUUAGAGAAAUAAAGUCCUACUCCAGUAAAUAUGACUGUUAAACUAACUUUUUCAGAACAUUGACCUUUUGUCAUGCUAGGGGACGAUCUAACUUUGUUUCUUUGUACACAAGGUGGGGGUGGUGGCGGAUAUAGCAGUCGCAGACAAUCAGGACGAGAUAAAUAUGGACCACCCGUUCGUACAGAGUUCAGACUGAUUGUUGAAAAUCUUUCCAGUCGCUGUAGUUGGCAGGAUUUGAAAGAUUUCAUGAGGCAGGCUGGGGAGGUGACCUAUGCAGAUGCUCACAAAGAACGUACGAAUGAAGGAGUGAUUGAAUUCCGAUCAUACUCGGACAUGAAGCGUGCCCUGGAUAAACUGGAUGGCACAGAGAUAAACGGCAGGAAGAUCAGGCUCGUUGAAGACAAGCCACGCUCAAGCCAUAGGCGAUCCUACUCUGGCAGCAGGUCAAGGUCACGGUCCAGGAGACGAUCUAGAAGCAGAAGUCGGAGAAGUCGGAGCAGCCGCAGCAGGUCCCGUAGCGUCUCCAAAAGCCGUUCGCGAUCUAAAUCCAGGUCACGAAGCAAAGACCGCUCACGUUCCAGAUCCAAAAGCAGGAAGUCCAGAUCAAAGAGCAAAUCGAAACCCAAGUCUGACAGGGGUUCACGCUCUCACAGCAGAUCCAAGGAGAAGUCUGAGAAGUCUCGGUCCAGAUCGAGGUCCAGGUCUCGCUCUCCCAAAGAAAAUGGUAAAGGAGAUGCUAAGUCUAAGUCCAGGUCAAGGAGCAGGUCUCGUUCCAAUUCUCCGCAGCAGCAGCCAUCUGCCAAGGCUCGUUCUGAGUCACCACCCAAAAGAGCUGCAUCCAGGUCCCGCUCCAGGUCCCGUUCAAAGUCUCGCUCACGAACAAGAUCUAGUUCAAGGGAUUAGAACUAGAACUCUCAUCUUGCACACUAUUAUGGAACAUUUUCCUACCUGUCAGGCCAUUAGUGUUACGUUAGUACUUCAGAGGCUGUUUUUUUCUCUUGCAGGAUUGAAUGGCCUAAGAAUUAAGUCAUGAGGCAUAAAGGUUUAAUUUGUAUUCCAAAUUUGGCAAUAUGAGAUGGGAUGGUGGUACAAAGCAGGGAAAGUCCCCCUUUUGUAGAAAUUCAGCUGAAAGUUUGAUUUUAUAGCAAUUCUGCAGGAGUAACUUGAGUACUCUUAAAUACAAAGUGGUUUUUAUAUUAAAAAUAAACUGAAUAUAAACAGGCUAAAAUCUGGGCUCUUUUGAAAGUAUCCUUUUUUCUUAUUUUUUUUUUCAUUACAUUAGAGCUAUGGGUGUCAUUAGCUUCGUAGGUUUCAGAGUGCUGCCAAAGGCAGGAUUGCUUUGCUGGGCAGGUCACACAGUUCUCUGGUUUAUCAUAAUUUUGAAAGCAGGCCGCAAAUUAUAUAAACCAGUAACAGUAGUAGGAAGAUUUUAGACCAGCAAUAAACUCAAGUUGGAGGAUUUAUGUUGUACCUUAACUUGCCAAAAGAACAUUCCCCCCAUACUGUGACUGUAUUCAAGGUGAUAAGGGUACUCUGGAACCUGUAUCCUACAGUAUUGCUGAAAACCCCUUCAUUUCAGACUUGAAAGAAUUAAAGCUUUCUGAUGUUUUUUGCUUGAAUAUCAAGUGUCAUUGUUGUCAUACACAGAGGUGUCUCUUGGCUGUGGUCCAAGUCACUAGUGUGUUGUAUGGUUUGUCAGCCUCUAAAUCUAUUGGAUAUGAAACCCAAGGAAAGAAAUCUGUCUUCCCACCCCUUUGACUCACUUACGUUAACGUUUUGCUUCAGACUAGAACUAUAAUCCUCUUGUGUGUAGGUCUGAACUUUAUUGGAAAUGUAAUCUCUUGGAGCUAGAGUUCUAGUUUUAACAAAAGCUUUGCUAAACCACAGUUGCCAAUUCACUUAAAUUGUGGAGUAGGACUCAUCCCAAAAAUUCCCCUUUAUAGCUACAAUGAUUUUUGUAAGAUGCAGUAGCAAACAUUAGAACUGCCUUGUACUCUUUAUACAGCGUGUAGUUUGACUUGUAUAAAAUUAAAUUGGUGACUCAAA